AUGCAACGAAAUACGAAUCCUUAUCAGCUGCAACAGCAGCAGCAACAGCAACAGCAAUCGCAGCAACAGUACAUGAGUCAGGAACAAUAUUCUACCACUCAACAACAACAGCAACAAAGGAUUAGUCGUACUGAACACCAUGUUCAAAGGAGUCAAGUUACGACUCAACAACGAGUUGAACAACAUGGAGGGGUUGGUGGCACGUACAUCCAACCAGCACUAACACACGUGUAUGCACAAGGCGAUAUAUCACCACCAAUUUUUGAACAGAUCUUUAAAAAUGCUCGCUUUGCCCAAGGAGGUAAUGCUUUAUUUGAAGGUAAACUCCGUGGUAAUCCAAAGCCAUUCGUAACAUGGACUCGAAAAGGCGCACCACUUCUUGAGUCACAAAAGUUUCGUAUGUCUUAUAAUGAAGCCACUGGAGAAGUUUCACUUUUGAUAAAUCAAAUUGGGCCUGGCGAUGAAGGUGAAUAUACAUGCACUGCUCGUAAUCAAUAUGGCGAAGCAAUUUGCAGUGUAUAUAUACAGCCAGAAGGCGCUCCUUCGCCGGUUAUAAAGCCUGUACAAACAUUUGACAAAUCCAUAUAUACGAAUGGAUAUUCAUAUACCUCAACGGAAGAGGAAUUUCGUGUAGACACAUUUGAAUACAGACUUCUACGUGAAGUAUCGUAUAGAGAGGCUAUAACACGCCGUUCCUCCUAUGAACAAGACUAUCAUUUAGUUCAAGAAGUAGAUCGUUCCUUGGGUCCUGCCCAUGCACCACAAAUUGCACAAAAACCAAGGAACUCUAAGUUAAUUGAAGGUUCAGAUGCUGUAUUCACUGCUAAAGUAGGCUCUAAUCCAAAACCACGUUUAACGUGGUUCCGUAAUGGCCAGCGAUUAGUGCCAUCUCAGAAAUACGACAUAUCGUACUCCAAUGGAUUGGCCACUUUGCGUGUUAAGAAUGCUAAUAUACAAGAUGGUGGACACUACACUUUACUUGCAGAAAAUACACAAGGUUGUGUUGUUUCGUCUGCUGUUUUAGCAGUUGAACCUGCCGCAGAAUCUGCAAAUGAACCAAAACCUGUAGACAAUAUGGCUGAGCAAUUGGAAUCCGGUAAAGCUUUGCCACCAAUGUUCGUUAAGGCAUUUGCUGAUCGCGAAAUUACAGAAGGCCGUAUGACGCGUUUUGAUUGCCGUGUAACAGGAAAUCCAUACCCAGAAGUGUUCUGGUUCAUUAAUGGACGUCAAGUAAAUGAUGAUACUUCCCAUAAAAUUUUAGUUAAUGAAUCUGGCAGUCAUUCACUUAUGAUCACUAAUGUUAGCCGACUAGAUGCAGGUGCUGUUCAAUGUUUAGCUCGUAACAAGGCUGGAGAAGUAGCAAUUGAAGCACGUCUUAAUGUACUUGAACGAGAACAAGUUGUCGCACCACAAUUUGUGCAACGUUUCAGUACAAUGACUGUUCGAGAAGGCGAGCCUAUUGCAAUGAGCGCAAACGCCAUCGGAACACCAAUGCCGCGAAUUACAUGGCAAAAAGAUGGCGCUCAAAUAACAUCAACAGCUGAUCGCUUUGUUGGCAUUGAUGGUGGAGCAACAUGUUUGGAAAUUCCGCGAGUUAAAGCUUCAGAUGCUGGUUGGUAUCAAUGCACAGCCCAAAAUAUUGCUGGUUCAACUGCUAAUCGUGCAAGACUUUAUGUUGAAGUUCCCAGAGAUGAACCACAACACGAACAAAGACGUCUUAAUUUACCUCGUCCAACAAAAAUAAUUGAGCCAGAGCCUAUACCUGGUCCUGAAAUAAUAUAUCUCCGACACGUAGAAAGGGCCAAGCCACAUUUGCGUCCAGGAGAAGAAGAUCGGGUCUAUCCACCACCACAGUUCAUAAUACCUUUGCAGAAUGUGCAACAGAUCGAAGGUGGUAGAGUACACAUGGAAGCUAGAAUUGAACCAGUUGGAGAUCCAACCAUGGUUGUAGAGUGGUUCCUUAACGGACAGCCUCUUGCAGCAAGUGCACGUACAACAUCUGUGUUUAAAUUUGGUUUUAUUGGACUUGACCUUCUAAGCGUUAUGGCUCAUGAUGCAGGAGAAUAUAUGUGUCGUGUUAGCAACGCAAGUGGUAUAGCUGAAUCACGAGCCAUUAUAUCUAUAUCUCAACGUCCUUCAAUUGAAAAAACAUCACAAAAUCCAAAUAGUUUACAAUAUAUAAGUCAAUUGGAAGACUAUUCACGAUAUCAGCGACAAGAAAGCACAGAAGAACUUAUGAAACAGGCUCCUGUGUUUAUACGUCCACUACAAGAUUUGGGUGAGUUCGAAGAAGGUAAAAAUGUACACUUCGAAGCCCAAGUGACACCAGUCAAUGAUCCAUCAAUGCGUGUAGAAUGGUAUAAAGAUGGUCGUCCCAUUACUGCGAGCUCACGUAUCACAGCAAUCUUUAACUUUGGUUAUGUCUCCCUAAACAUCUUGCACCUAAGAGCUGAAGAUGCUGGUUCGUAUACAGUUCGCGCUGUAAAUCGUAUGGGUGAAGCCAUUAGUUCAUCGAACAUUCGUGUAAUUUCACGAUCGCAAGUAACUGCUGAUUUGGGUAUUCCAGAACAACAGCGUUAUAUUGAAAAGGUAGAAGAAUUAGAAGAUUACAGAAGAUCGCAACAACGUCGUCAAGUGCGAGAAGCACCAGAGUCAAUUGCACCACCAAAAUUCAAAACGCCAAUUCUAAACCAAUUGGAUUUACGUGAAGGUGGUCAUGCACAUUUUGAAGCAAGACUUGAACCAAUCGGCGAUUCUACAAUGCGUGUCGAAUGGCUUAAAGAUGGCCAACCUUUAGAAGCCAGCUCGCGCAGUACGACGUUCUUCAACUUUGGUUAUGUUGCUUUGACUAUUAAGCAACUUACUAUUUACGAUGCCGGUACUUAUACUUGUAGAGCAUAUAAUGCGAUGGGUCAAGAUACAACUUCUGCUCAAUUAAGUGUAAUAUCAAAGAAAGAAAUUGUAUCUGAGUCUCAACAUCCAGGUGGCUUAGAAAAAAUUCAACAUUUAGAAGACUCUUCUCGUUAUGGACGUACUGAAGAAGAGGAAACGAAAGUUACUCAAAUGCCGCGUUUCUUAGGACCAAUGAAAGGAACAAAUAAGAUUUUAGAGGGACAGAGAGCUCAUUUUGAAGCACGUGUUGAACCACAAAGCGACUUGGGUAUGCACAUUGAGUGGUAUCAUAACGGUCGCGCAAUUUCAGCUGCAAAUCGCAUCCAAACGUACUACGACUUUGGAUAUGUUGCUUUGGAUAUUUCGCAAGUCAGAGCUGAAGAUGCUGGUGUUUACACAGUAGUAGCUAGAAAUAAGCUGGGUGAAGCACAAUUACAAGGAACUAUGGUAGUAGAAACACGUUCCAGCAUUGACACAUCCAGCAUGCAUCGUGGACUAUACGAAAAAACACAAAAUUUGGAAAAUAAGCCGUUUGUAGAACCCCAUUACGAUAUUGAGGAAAUAUCUAAAUCUAAACCUAUUUUCACUCAACCAUUGUCUGACCAGAAACCAAUUCAUGAAAGUAAAAAUAUUCAUUUGGAAUGCCGUUUGGAACCAAUGGGUGAUCCAACCAUGAGGGUAGAGUGGUUCCACAAUGGGCGCCCUAUUACAGUUGGAUCACGUUUCCGCACAUAUUACGAUUUUGGUUUUGUUGCUCUUGACAUAAUUCAAGCUACAGCUGCAGAUUCUGGUGAAUACACCGUGCGUGCCACAAAUCAUUUAGGUUCUGCACAUACUUCAUCAUGUGUUCGUGUAAUUGAUAGAUCAGAUGUUGUUACCGAAACUCAAAACGAAAUGUCUCUCGAACAAAUACAGUUGCUUGAAGACGCUUCACGUCGUCAUCACCCAAUACAAGAAGACUUGACAGUGAUGCAAGCCCCUCAAUUUACACGUCCCUUGCAUAACAUUGAAACAAUUGAAGGUACUAACGUUCAUUUAGAGUGCCGCUUACAACCAGUUGGGGAUCCAAGUAUGCGUGUUGAAUGGUUUGUAAAUGGCAAACCAAUAAAAACUGGUCAUCGCUUCCGACCUGCGUAUGAAUUUGAUUAUGUGGCACUUGACUUGCUCGGUUGUUAUGCCAUCGAUUCAGGAAUUUAUACAUGUCAAGCAAGAAAUCAACUUGGUGAAGCAGUUACUUCUUCCUCUGUACGCAUUAUUGCUAAAAACGAUUUGAUAUUAGAAACUCAAAAUGAGUCUGGGUUGCAAAAGAUUGCUUAUUUAGAGGAUUCUUCACGGUAUCGCCGAAGUGAGUAUGUAGAUGAGAUAGUCAAUAUUAAACCUCGUUUCUUAACUCACCCUAAAAGCUUAACCAAUACCCGAGAGGGUGGCCAUGCUCACUUUGAAUGUAAAAUUGAACCAGUAACUGAUCCGAAUCUAAAAGUUGAAUGGUUCAAAAAUGGUCGUCCAAUAACUAUUGGUCAUCGUUUUAGACCAAUUCAUGAUUUUGGCUAUGUAGCGUUAGAUAUUGUUGAUCUGAUUGCUGAAGAUUCUGGAGUUUAUACCUGCCGCGCAGUGAAUCUUAUUGGAUCAGAUGAAACCCGUGUAGAAUUGCAAUGCAGAAGUUCUGAACAAAUCAUAACUGUUACUCAAAACGAGACAGGCUUAGAACAAAUUCACUAUUUAGAAGAUCGUUCACGGUACAGCCGUCGCGAAGAAGUAGACGAAACUACUAAACAAGCUCCUGUUUUUACAACAUCAUUGAAAAAUAUUGAAAUAAAAGAAAAUCAACGAGCUCACUUUGAAUGUCGUUUGAUUCCGGUGUCAGAUCCAUCUAUGCGUGUUGAAUGGUAUCAUAACAACAUGCCGCUUAAAUCUGGUUCUCGUUUUACUGAAACAAACAACUUCGGUUUUGUGGCCUUGGACAUUAUGUCGUGCUUACCUGAGGAUGCUGGAAGCUAUACUUGCCGUGCUUUUAAUGCAGUAGGUGAAGCAAUAACAUCAGCUGUAGCAGUUGUUCAUACAAAGAAGUCCAUUUAUUUGGAGUCACAACACGAAAGCGCUCUACCACGGUUGCAACAUCUGGAAAGUUCUGCCAAACGUCAACGUUUAAGUGUUCAAGAAGAAACUAUUAGCCAAGCACCCGUUUUUACAAUGCCAGUUCGUGAUGUGCGCGUUGCUGAAGGACAGGCAGUUCAUUUUGAAGCUCGAUUGAUUCCUGUUGGCGACCCUCACUUAAAAGUCGAAUGGCUACGUAAUGGCCAACCUAUUGAAGCUUCAAAUCGAACGACAACUAUGCAUGACUUCGGCUAUGUUGCUUUGAACAUGAAGUAUGUUAAUCCAGAAGACUCUGGCACUUACACAUGUCGUGCUGUUAAUGAGCUUGGACAAGCGGUGACAUCAGCUUCGCUUAUUGUACAAUCAAAAACAUCUAUUCAAAUGGAAACACAGCAUGAAGCCGCUAUGCACAAAAUUCAUCAACUAGAAGAUCACAGUAAAUACCAACGACGUGAAGAGGAAGAUUAUGUUGUUACCCAGGCUCCACGAUUCAUUACUAAGUUGAUUGGACCAACAAACUUAGUGGAAGGUCAAAGUGCUCAUUACGAAUGCCGUAUUGAACCAUAUCCCGAUCCCAAUCUCAAAGUGGAAUGGUUCCAUAAUGGAAAACCAUUAAACACCGGUCAUCGUUUCCGUACAACUUAUGAUUUCGGUUUUGCAGCUUUAGACGUACUCACUGUUUAUGCUGAAGAUAGUGGCGAAUACACUUGCCGCGUAACAAAUAAUUUAGGAGAAGCUGUCAACUCAAUUAACUUAAAUGUACAAUCCAGAUCUUCAAUUAUCAGAGACACCCAACAUGAAGAGGCUUUGCAAAAAAUACAAUAUCUUGAAGACGAAUCUCGCUACCAAAGGAAAAUCGAAGAAGAUCAAUUCAUGGCUGAACGUCCUCAAUUCGGUCGUCCUUUACGUAAUGCAAAUGUAAAUGAAGGCAGCCCUGUGCAUUUGGAAGCAACAUUAACCCCAGUUAAUGAUCCAACAAUGAAAGUUGAAUGGUACUGCAAUGGCAGACCAAUACAAACUGGGCAUCGUUUCAAAACAACAUACGAUUUCGGUUUUGUUGCUCUCGAUUUAUUAUACGCACAUGCUGAAGAUACUGGUACUUACAUGUGCAAGGCUAAGAAUGCAGUAGGGGAAGCUGUCACGACUUGUGCUGUAAACGUAACAGCAAAUAAGACAUUGGAUCUCGAUACUCUUGAUGCUCAGCGUCUUGAAAAAAUAAGACAGCUGGAAAAUUAUGCACCCCCACAAAAACCUGUGGUGGAGGAACGUGGACAGAAACCAAUUUUCCUUACUCCUUUAAGCAAUUUGGAACAUCUUAAAGAAGGUGAACAUGCUCAUUUAGAGUGUCGAGUUGAACCAAUAAAUGACCCUAACCUAAAGAUUGAAUGGUUCUGCAAUGGAAAGCAACUUCCAUUAGGUCAUCGUUUCAGAACUACCCAUGAUUUCGGAUACGUUGCCUUAGAUGUUUUAUACGUAUAUGGUGAGGAUACCGGCACUUACAUGUGCAAAGCUACUAAUUUGCUUGGUGAAGCAGUAAAUACUUGUAACGUUCGUGUGUUAAAUCGCCGUAGCAUGAUCCUUGAUACUCAACAUCCUGAUGCCUUAGAAAAAAUUCAAAAACUUGAGUCAAAGGCAGCACCAGCUAGAACAGAAGUUGGUGAUAUACCACUAAGUCCACCACAUUUCACCGCAGAAUUACGUGGUCCUGCCGAAAUCUACGAAGGCCAAACAGCUCACUUUGAAGCACAAGUUCAACCAGUUCACGAUCCCAACUUGCGCAUUGAAUUCUAUCACAAUGGAAAACCUCUACCGUCUGCAUCUCGUUUCCAUAUUACUUUUGAUUUUGGAUAUGUAUCCCUCGAUAUUACUCAUGCCGUUGCUGAAGAUGCCGGCGAAUACUCAGUGCGUGCAGUAAACGCACUUGGACAAUGUGUUUCUUCUACAAACUUACGUGUCAUUGCGCGUGGUACAAUCAUAUCUGAUACCCAACAUCCUGAAGGCUUGGAAAAAAUUCGAAAACUUGAAGCAAAUGCUCCUUUCCAACGUCCAGAAGUUGAAACCCCUGGAACUAGGCAAAGACCAGUAUUCACUCAACCAUUGCAAAAUAUUGAUCGCAUCAAUGAACACCAAACUGCACACUUCGAAUGUCGCCUUAUUCCAGUAGGUGAUCCUAAUCUUAAAGUGGAAUGGUACCGUAAUGAGAAGAUUAUUGAAGAUAGUUCUCGCAUUACUAAGCAACAUGAUUUUGGUUAUGUUUCUUUGGAUAUAUCACAUAUUCGUAAAGAAGAUGAAGGCGUUUAUAUGUGCCGAGCUGUUAAUCCUCUUGGCGAAGCUGUUACUACUGCAUCUAUGCGUGUGGUAAGUGAAGCCAAUAUAUUAAUGGAUACACAACAUCCAGACAGUAUAAGCCGUAUCCAUCAACUAGAACGACCAGCAGCUCCACGACCUGAAGAACCAGAACGUGCUUUCGAGAAACCUAUAUUUACACAGUUAUUAACGGGCCCAUCUGAAGUUUGGGAAGGUCAACAUGCUCACUUUGAAGCUCGGGUAGUACCAGUUGGUGACCCAUCUCUUAAAUUUGAAUGGUACAUUAAUGGUGUAGAACUCAAGAUGGGUUCACGUUUGCGUACCACUCAUGAUUUCGGUUUUGUCACACUUGAUAUUAAUUCUGUUGUACCAGAAGAUGCUGGUGUAUAUAUGUGCCGCGCCUACAAUGCUGCUGGUGAAGCAGUAUCAUCAACUGCAAUGAAAGUCAAAACUAAAUCUAAUAUUUCAGGGGAGCCUUUAAUUCCAGAAUCUUGGGAAGCUAUUCGGCUUAAGGAAGCUGCCAUGAAUCGCGUACCAGAGAAGUUCGUUGAUUCUGCACCACAACAAGCUCCUGUUUUCACUACUCAUCUGCAAAGUUACGAUAAACUUAGCGAAGGCCAGCAUGUUUUACUUGAAGCCCAAGUUGAACCACGUGCUGAUCCUAACUUACGUAUUGAGUGGUUUAAAAAUGGUAUUUCACUUACAACUGGUGCGCGUAUUCGCAGUACUUUCGAUUUUGGUUUGGUUACUCUCUCUAUUAAUGGCUUACGCGGUGACGACUCAGCUAUUUACACUUGUAAAGCAACUAACCAGGUAGGCGAAGCUGUAUCUACUUGCAGUCUUAAAAUUGAAGACCGUCAUUGGUUGCAAGGAGAAUCUUUACAUCCAGAAUCACUACCUCGCAUAGAUGCUCUUGAAGCACCUAAAGAAGGACGCCCAGAAGCUCCAGAACCAGCUUAUGAAGUACCUGUGUUUAUAACUCAUUUGAAUAAUAUCGAAUGCAAGGAAGGUGAUAAUGUACGCUUCGAAUCAACUGUAGAACCAGCAAGAGAUCCUACAAUGAAGAUCGAAUGGUUCUAUAACGGACAACCAUUGCAAGCUGCAGCUAAAUUCAAAUCAAUUUACGACUUUGGUUAUUGCGCAUUAGACUUAAGUAAUACAUAUGCUGAAAAUAGUGGAAUUUAUACAUGCAAAGCAACAAACAGCAGAGGUUUCGCAACCACGUCAGGAACCCUAAAAUGUACUGGAGGAAAGACAAUGUUCUUCGAUACACAACAUCCACAAGGUAGUGCAGGUUUAGAAGCUGUUCAAGAAACUGAAGAAGCUUUGGCAAAUCGUUACAACCGACAAGCUUCAAAACCAGAAACCCAUUAUCCUCCCCCAGUUUGGACAAGACCCUUACAAGCUGAGUUCCAUCUUUCUGAAGCUCAAGCGCUUCACUUGGAAGGAAAUGUAGAACCAAAAGAAGAUCCUAAUUUGUUUAUUGAAUGGUACUUCAACGGAAAACUGUUACAACACGGCUCACGCUUCAAAAUGACUACUGAAUUUGGUUUUGUUACAAUGGAUGUUAUUGAAAUGUAUGCUCGCGAUCAAGGUAUUUAUACUUGUAAAGCUUAUAACAAAGCCGGGGAAGCAUUUACUUCAACGACCAUUUUCUGUACCAGCAAGGAAAAUAUAAUUGAACAAACUCAGCAUCCUAAAGGCGCAGAAGGUUUAGAACAAAUUCAAGACCUUGAAGAAUCGCUAAGAAAAGACGGUUCCAAACCUGAGAAACCAGAGGAGGGAAUGGCUCCUCGUUUCACUACUGAAUUCACUAAUAUAACAGAUGUUGGCGAGGGCGAAAUUGCUCACUACGAAGCUAAUUUAAUACCAACUGGAGACCAAAGUAUGGUCAUUGAAUGGUUCUUUAAUGGAAAAGUUUUGGAAGCUAGUCAUAGAGUUCGUACAAUAUACGCUUUUGGUAUGGUUGCUUUAGAAAUUCUUGGCACAAAAAUUGAAGAUACCGGUACUUAUACAUGUCGCGCAACAAAUAAAUAUGGAUCAGCUGAAAUUAGCUGUGUUUUGGAAUGUGUAGAUAAACCUAGAGGUCAAAAACCACGCUUUACAACACAUAUACAACCUCUAGAGGGUCUUAAGGAUGGCCAAUCUGCUCACUUUGAAUGUACUUUAAUACCAGUUAAUGAUCCAGAGUUAAAAGUUGAAUGGUACCAUAACGGAAAACUUAUGCGUCAUUCAAACCGUAUUAAAACAGUAUCAGACUUCGGAUAUGUUGUGCUUGAUAUUGCUUAUUUACAAGACCAUGAUAGUGGUGAAUAUAUGUGCAGAGCAUAUAACAAAUAUGGUGAAGACUUCACAAGAACUACUCUUAAUUGCCGUGGUCGCGGUGGAGUAUUUUACGACAGCUUGCAACCUGAUUCUUUACAGAGAAUUCGGGAAUUGGAAUGCCCACAAGGUGGACAGGCUGAUACUAGUGCUCCAAUUGUAACAGAACCACCUAAAUUUAUCACACAAAUUAGUGAUAUUACAAAGUUAGUCGAAGGACAAAGUGCUCACUUUGAAGCUCGUUUGACUCCUGUUACAGACCCAGAUCUAAAAGUUGAUUGGUACUUUAAUGGUAAAAAGCUCCCACACGGACAUCGUUUCCGCACUUUCCACGAUUUUGGUAUUGUAAUAUUGGAUAUCCUAUAUUGCUAUGAAGAAAACUCUGGUGUUUAUGAGUGUCGUGCUGUUAACAAAUAUGGAGAAGAUGUUACCCGUGCUACACUUAAGUGCACUUCGAAAGCCAAUCUAAUUUUGGACUCACAAUUACCACGUGGCAUGGAAGGUGGUUUGGAAAAAAUUGCUAAUUUAGAGUACAGUAUGGUACGAACUCGUGAUGAAACUACCGAAGAAACAAAAGGCAAAGCGCCAGUAUUUACUGUUCCUCUAGAAAAUAUAGAAAAUCUUCGUGAAGGAGAAAAUGCUCACUUUGAAGCUCGUGUUACACCAACUGAUGAUCCAAGGCUUAAAGUUGAAUGGUAUUGGAACGGACGUCCUCUUAAGGCAGGAUCACGUUUCCGCACUUUCUGUGACUUUGGAUUCGUUAUUUUGGAAAUUUCUCCAGUAUAUCCAGAAGAUUCAGGCGAAUACUCAUGCCGUGCUAUUAAUGAGUAUGGUGAAGCUGUUACUACAGCAACAAUGAAGAUUCAAGGAAAACGUAGCAUUAUUAUGGAAUCACAACUACCAAAGGGAAUGGAGGGUACAAUUGAUCGUAUUGCUGAAUUAGAAGGACUUGGAAUUCGUGGUAACGAAUUCGUACCUGAUGAUGAUACUGGAAAACCACCAGAGUUUAUUACAACACCCUUCGAUAUGGUUAUUAAUGAAAAUUCUUUAGCUCACUUUGAAUGCCGUCUACAACCAGUUAAUGAUCCAAGCAUGAGAGUGGACUGGUUCCACAAUGGCAAAGCAUUGUGGUCUGGCUCACGCAUCAAGACUAUCAAUGAUUUUGGCUUUGUAAUAUUAGAAAUUGCUGGAUGUUAUCAAAGAGAUUCUGGUUUAUACACUUGCAAAGCUACUAACAAACAUGGAGAAGCAACUGUAUCCUGUAAAUUACAAGUUAAGGGACGUCAAGGCAUAAUUGUUGAACCACAACUCCCAUCUAAUUUCCGCACCGGAACCGAAAGUUUGCAAAAACUUGAGGAAAAUAUGCACAAACGAGAAGAAAUCAUUAUUGAUGAAGAACAACCUAAUCCACCUAGAUUCACUGAAGAUAUUAAAGAUAACAUUGAUGUUCCAGAGGGCGGUCCAAUUCACUUUGACUGCCGCGUCGAACCUGUUAGUGAUCCCACUAUGCGAAUUGAUUGGUUCCAUAAUGGUCGACCAAUGCCGACAGGCUCACGAGUACAUCAGCUCAAUGAUUUUGGUUUUAUUGCAUUAGAUAUUGAUUACAUUUAUACACGUGAUUCUGGUGAAUACACAUGCCGUGCAACAAACAAGUGGGGUACUGCUACAACUUCGGCAAAGGUCACAUGCAAGGGUAAGCAUAAUAUUGUAUAUGACUCACAAUUGCCAGACGGAAUGACAGCUGAGAAGCUAAAGGAAUUGGAACGUGGACGUAUACCAGAAACUCCUAAAGUUGAAGAUCAAGAAUUUGGACCACCAAGAUUUGUAACUGAAAUUUCUUCAGUUACUGUAGAGGAAUCGGAACCAAUACGUUUCGAAUGUCAAGUUGAACCUAAAAGUGAUCCAAACCUAUAUGUGGAAUGGUAUCGCAAUGGUAAACCUUUACCAUCUGGUCACAGAUACAAAAAUAUUUUUGAUAUGGGCUAUGUUUCACUUGACAUACUGUAUGUUUAUUUUGAAGAUUCUGGUGAAUACAUUUGCCGUGCAGUUAACAAAUAUGGUGAAGCACGCACAAAAGCAACUAUUUCAUGCAAAAAAUUGCCAUCGAUUAUGCUACAAAACCAAGUUCCACGUGGUAUGAAACGUUCUGAAACACUUACACAAAUGGAAGCAACCAUUAAGAAAUAUACAUCUGAAGUGCAUUUGACUGAAGAUGACUUAUUCGAUCCUGAUCGCAAACAACCACCACGAUUUGUUACACAAAUUAAGGACCAAACAACCUUAACUGAAAUGGCUUCUACUAAAUUUGAAUGCCAAUUAGCACCUGUUGGUGAUCCAAAUAUGAAAGUUGAAUGGUUCUUUAAUGGUAAACCAUUAUUCUAUAAAACACGUUUCCAACCCAUUUAUGACUUUGGCUACGUUGCCAUGAACUUUGGUUGGGUUUAUCCAGAAGACAGUGGAGAGUAUGUCUGUCGCGCGACUAAUUUGUAUGGUAUGGAUGAAACCAGAGCAGUUAUUAAAGUCGCUGGCAAGCCUAGUAUCAUUUAUGACUCACAAUUGCCUGCACAUAUGCAAAGUAUUGAUCGUAUACGCGAAAUGGAAGCAUCGUGGCAAGUUGUACCAGAUGAAGUCGAUCCAGAUGCAAAACCAAGAUCUAAACCAAUUUUUGUUAGCAAAAUUGAGCCACAAACUGUAGAAGAAGGUGAACCUGCAAGAUUUUGUGUUCGCGUCACUGGUCAUCCACGACCAAGAGUAAUGUGGUUAAUAAAUGGACACACUGUUGUUCACGGUUCGCGGUAUAAGCUCACUAAUGAUGGCAUGUUCCAUUUGGAUAUUCCAAAAACUCGCCAAUACGAUACAGGAAAGGUUGAAGUUAUUGCUCGUAACUCAGUUGGAGAAUCUAUUGCUACAACUGAACUAAAUGUAGUAUCACGAUCCGAUGACUAUAGAGGUGUCCUGAAGAACUCACCACGCCCAUGGUAUGAUUAUGAGCUAGCCUCCUACCAGAAGGAACGUCAAGAGAAUGAACUUGAAAAGGUGUUCGAUGAACGUAAACAAUAUUUGGCCGAACAAAGUGGUACCACACUUAAAGGAGUAGAACACUUAAAACCAAAGCAAAUUAAACCUCAAGCUCCAGAUUGGCAACAAAAUGUUUUGGCCAAAAAAAGUGAAGAUUAUUACAGCAAAUUACAAGAAUUGGAAACAGAACAAUUGCUCAAAGAAACCAACUUCCGCAAGGACACUCACCAAUAUGCCAUACCUGGACAAAAGAUUGUCAGCAGCUCUGCGGCCAAAGGCAUGGCCAAAUCAUAUGAGGAAAAUCUUGAAGAACAAACACAGCAAACUCAAGCUACUACCAAAAAGGUUAUGCAAAAGCCACCAAUAGAACCAUCCGAAUCGUCAGUACAUGGACGUGAAGUGCACAUGAAUAAACAACAACAGACACAAAAAGAGGUUGUAGGUGAUUUGGAAAUAACGAGAAAAAUUACCGCUACAGAAACAACUGAAGUUGAACAUAAAGGCACCAUUCAAGAACGUGUAGUAAAGGGUCCAGUUUUGCCCUCAAAACCACCAAUAUUUACUAAAAAAAUACAACCAUGUCGUGUAUUUGAAAAUGAAUCCGCGAAAUUCGAAGUAGAAUUUGAUGGUGAACCCAUGCCAACUGUGAAAUGGUUCCGUGAAAGCUUCCCAAUCAAGAGCUCACCCGAUUUGCAAAUUCAUACUUUCAGCGGUAAAUCAAUUUUAAUAAUACGUCAAGUAUUUGUAGAGGACUCAGCUGUAUUCUCAUGUAUUGCCGAGAAUCGAGGUGGUACUGCCAAAUGUAGCGCAAACUUAGUUGUAGAAGAAAGACGCCGCGCUGGUAAAGGUGGUCUUUCACCACCAAGCUUUGUAACCACAAUUCAAAGCACUACUGUAUCUACUGGUCAAUUAGCACGUUUUGAUGCCAAAGUAUCUGGCACACGUCCAAUGGAUGUAUAUUGGUUAAAGAACGGUAUGAAAGUUCAACCAAGCAUUAAAUUCAAAAUGUUAGAAGAAGAUGGUUUAUAUACUUUGCUAAUUAUUGAGCCUUUUGCCGAGGAUUCCGGUCGAUAUGAAUGUGUUGCUGUUAAUGCCGCUGGUGAAGCACGUUGUGAUGCUGAUUGCGUUGUUCAAUCUCCUACAAAACCUGAAAAACCAGCAACACCAGGAACUGAAAAAGCUCCACAUAUUGUUGAAAAACUCAAGAGUCAGUCAAUUGAAGAAGGUACCAAAGUUAUCUUCCGCUGUCGGGUAGAAGGUAAACCAACCCCAACAGCACGUUGGAUGCGUGGUGAAAAUAUUGUCAAACCCUCACGCUAUUUCCAAAUGACACGACAAGGUGAAUACUAUCAAUUAGUUAUUUCUGAAGCUUUCCCAGAAGAUGAAGGUACCUAUAAAUGUAUUGCCGAGAAUAAAUUGGGCACCAUACAAACCAGUGCUCAACUAAAGGUGCGUCCAAUUGAAAAUCUGGAUGCUCCACCUACUAUUACAGCGCUAAAAGAUAUUUCAGUAACAGAGGGCAUGCCAGCACAAUUUAAAACAACUGUAACUGGUAAAGUUAAGGCAACAAGUGUUCAAUGGUUCCGUGAGGGAGCUCUUAUACCGGAAACUCCUGAUUUCCAGAUGAUAUUUGAUGGAAAUAGUGCAGUCUUACUCAUUGGAACUACUUAUGAAGAAGAUUCGGGUGUAUUUACAGUUCGCGUAACAUCUUCAACUGGCCAAGUUGAAUCCUCAGCAAAAUUAACUGUUAAAAGUAAGGAUUGAAAUAAAAUAAAUUUAUAAAUUGAAAACCUUUGACGAUUGCAAACAGAAACGAACGAAAAAGUUUUUAUUAAAAACAAAAAUA